AUGCCCGGAAGACAAAUCAAGACGUGCGAGCGCUGCCGCCUGUUCAAGAUCAAGUGCGACCGCCAACAGCCCACCUGUCAGCAAUGCAGGCGCGUCAACGCCAAGUGCUCCCUAUGGCCUGCUGCCACAUCGUCGACAUCGUCAGGCGGGACGUCUCCGGCAUCUGCCGACACGAGCGUGACCUUGCUGUCAGCAGAGGCGAGUGAGGCGGCUUCGGCCAGGACUCUUGACUCGGCACUUCCUCAGCACGCACACAGCCCAGAGAUCCAGGACAAAGCCCAUGGCGGAGCCCAGCAACACGCUCACGACGACGCCAACCCGGCAAGGAAGAGGCGUCGCAGGGCCUGUCUCUCUUGCGUGCGCUGUCACCGACUCAAGGUCAAGUGUGACAAGAAGCAGCCCUGCACGCGGUGUCGCCUCUCCGGCUGGGGACGCCAAUGCGCCUACACGCAUCGCGUCGAGGACGAGGCCGAGGCCAGUUACGGGCCGUCGACGACGACGACCACAGCGACUACGCGCGACCCAUCGACCCCUGUUUCCGAAGAGGUCAUGCCCUUUGUCAUCACCGAGGAGGAGCCCGAGACGGUGAUUACCACCUGGCAUUCGCGACACCGUGGGCUCAGCCACUGGAAAGCGCUUCUCUGCAGGCUUGACUCCCUGACCGACCUCAAGAGCCGGAUCCUGCACACGGCAACCACCGACGUCGCCCAGCAGCACACGCAGUGCGCCCAGGGCCGCGCCCUGCCCGGCAACUUUCCCUUCAACAGCCCCGGCGCCGUGCGCUUCGCCGCCUCGCCCUCCCUCGAGCCCGUGAGGCAGCUCCUCGAGACGCAUCGCGCCCGCCACAAGACGUACGUCGAUGCCUAUCUCGCGCUCUACCAGCCGCUGCAUCCGAUCCUCGACCCGCCGCGCUUCCUCGCCGAGAUGGCGCGCUUCUGGGACAACCCCGCCGACACGCACGUCAACUGGCUCGCCGAGAUGCUCAUGGUGCUCGCGCUGGGGAACUUUGCGAUCGAGAGUCGUGGCGGUCGAGACCCGGGAUCUACCGUGGAGCUCUGCAUGGCCGCCGAGGCGUGCCUCGCUCGCACGCCGUUUAUGCUGAGACCGACCGUGUCCACGAUGCGCACCCUCUGUCUCAUGCUCCUGGCCAAGCAAGUCAUAAAUGGCACGUGCUGGUCUUUUGACUCGUGCUGGGCCCUGCUUGGUGUGGUGGUCCGUCUCGCCGUCUGUCUGGGCAUCCACCGACCAGAGCCGCCGCCCGACUCGCCCGCGGUCGUGUUCCGCGACUGGGAGGCAGGCCAGCUCCUCUGGACCACGAUUCUGUACUUUGACGUGCAGAUGGCUGUCACGACCGGCAUGCCGUCUUGCAUAUCAGCGGAUGAGCUGCUGCGCGACAACGGUGGCUUGUCUUGGACGUUUCCGACACUGGCCACACCUACCGCCGCAUGGCACGCUGUCAUCCACACGGCGUGUCCGACAAUCCUCCAGGUCGUGACCCGCGUCAAUUCUGAAGCAGACCGCCCCUCUUACACCGAAAUCAUCGAGCACAGCACAAAGGUGCGGCAGCUGAUGGGCAUUCUGGAACGGGUGCGCGGACCAGAGGUGACACCCGCGCUGCGCGUCGCCAUAGACGUCUUCUUCCGCAGGGUGCUCCUGGUGCUGCACCGCCGCCACGCCCUCGAGCCCGACGCCCCGGUGCGAUACCCGAUAUCAUACUGGUCGUCGCUCGAGUGCAGCCUCGCACUGCUGGUGCAGCAGCGAGAGCUCUGCGACGCCGAGGAGGAGGCCGCGGCGCGGAUAGGCGAGAAGAGCGCCGAGGAAGCUGGCUACAAGCCGGAAUGUGACGUUCGCGGGAUGGGACCCCUGGCCGACCUGUACAUGCUGGAUUUCUUCGCAGCGGCGCUGACGGCCAGUCUGCACCUCCUGCGCGAGGAUGCGCCUCUCGCAGACGGGUUCGCGAUCCCGCCGCGACGUACCAUCCUCGACACGCUGGAGGCGUGCACCGAGGUUUACGCCGGCAAGGAGCACCGGUCGCUGUGCUUCCACAGCGGAUAUCGCCUGCUCAAGGCGGUGGUUCGCGAGCUGUCUGACCGCGCUGCCAAUGCUGCUUCGGCGCCUUAG